AUGGAAGUUUGCAUGGUCAAUCAAGAAAAAGAAAUCGAUCCUCUUUUAAAUAUGUUUCAAGAAAAUUCUCAAGAAAUUUAUUCAAAUGUUGAUUAUGAUUGUUUACGAAAAUAUGAUGAAAAUAAUAAAUAUUUUUCUAUGGCAAUUAUCUUAGAAAAUCAAGAAGGAGAACAACAACGACCUAUUGGUUAUGAUUGUAUUUAUCGUUAUGGAACACAUCGAAUUAAAUUAGAAUAUUAUAUUGAAAGUCAAAUUUGGAAAAAAAUUCCUUUAGAAUCUAAUGAAGAACAAGAAAAUAUUUUAAAUUCUUUAUUUGAUGAUAAUCAUGAUAUUCGAUCUCUAUUUCAAUCUUUUACUCUUGAUCAACAAAUUCAAAUUAUUACUAAACGAUACGAUAAACAUUUUGCUGAAAUUGAUAGAAUUAAAAAUGAAAAAGAAUAUGAAAAUAAAAUAUUAUUAUCUGCAUCAAUUUUUAAAGAAGAAAAUCCAGUAAAAUAUGUAAAUAAUGAUUUGAUUGAAUUAUCUUUACAUGAAACACCUAAAUCAUUAAUUAUUUGUGAAGAUGAUGAACAACAACAAUCUCAAAUUAAUUUAGAAAAAGAUUUUGUUGAUUAUGGUUUUCAUUCAUUAAUAACUGGUUCUCGUUCAAAAUUUAGUGGUUUAGCUCCACCACCAGUUGCACCACGUCGUAGUCGUCAAAACAGUGCCUUUUCACAAUGUAGUGUUCGAUAUGCUUCAUUUAUUCCACCACCAACAGCACCUAUUCGUCAACGACGUGUUAUCGAAUCGAUUCUUUUACAUGUUCAACGAAAAAAAAAAUUAUUUGAAAAAAUUGUUGAUAUACUAAAAGGAACAGAGCCACCAACAAUGCGUCAAUUAGGCUUAGAGUUUUUACGUGUUUAUGAUGGAAAAUUUAAUUAUCGUGAAGGACAUAUAUUUUUUAUAUCGUUUCGAAAGAAGAUUUGGCGUUUAACUAUUGAAGAGAUCAAAUGUGUUGAUUGUCCAGCGGGUGAUAUUGGACCACGAUCUGUAUUGAUACUCAAUUAUAAAGGUCGCGAUACGAAUGUACAUGUUUGA